AUGACACCAGGGUCAGUAGAGACAACGGAGAAGCACGAUACAGAAACCGCUGUACCGAAGAAGCUUUCAAAAGGCAUUGUGCUUGGGCCUGAUGGCAAGCCGUGUCGGACCUGCAACGAUGUAGCCUCCUUGUUCGCCAUAGCAGGCAAGAAACCCACGACCCCAUCCUCAACCUCAACCUCCUCUACCGCGCCAACAUUCCCCGUCGACUGCCCUCCGGAUGUCGAAGCCCUCGGGCGCUCGUCCUGGACGCUCCUUCACUCCAUCACCGCAACCUACCCUACAACUCCCACCCCACAACUCCAAUCCGAAACCAAGACCUUCCUCUCGACGUUUGGCAAGCUAUACCCAUGCUGGGUGUGCGCGGAAGAUUUCCAGGGCUGGAUGUCGACGAAUACACCACGGGUCAGCUCAAGGAGCGAGUUUGGGACGUGGAUGUGUGAGGCGCAUAAUGCAGUCAAUCUGAAGUUGGGAAAGCAGACGUUUGAUUGUGGGAGAUGGGAGGAGCGGUGGAGGACUGGGUGGAAAGAUGGGAGAUGUGAUUUCUAA